AUGGUAACCCUGGUAUUUGUGGUGGGAGCAUCUGAUCCACUGCUUGAGCUAAAUAUAGCACUGUCUAGUGUAAGGAGAAGAUUUAAUGGGAAAUGGUUGGCAUUCCUUCUCUCCAAAGCACAGAGCGAGAGAUAGGGCGAGCACCAUGCACAGACAAACAUACCAGGGAGUGAGAGAUUGAAGGGGGGGGACCAGGCGGGCAGGCAGGCAGACAAGAGAUCCUAAAGGCAGAUCGGCACCCUGCACAUUGGAAUUGUCCAGCUUGCAGCAAGCAUGCUCAGCCUCAGUCUCACAGCAUUGGGAUUUUAUCUGCAGCUCCUUUUCUGUUUUGCUCUGUCUCAGACCUCUUUUGUUGACAGUGUCUUCUCCAUCUCUGCAGCCCUUCCUUGCUUGGAACAGAAGAAACGAAGUAAUAACAAUCGGGUUUGCUCUCUCUUUCUCCCUCCCCCUCCACCACCCCCUCCAUUACUUCCUCCACCAUAUUUCAAACAGGGAUGGAAUUCUAUAUUGCCUCCUCUGGACAUGAAAAACUUUUGUCAAAUGCUUCAGAUAACACAGUCUCCAUGUGUAGAAUCUGUAUGCCCUCCAGGACCUCCUGGCCCCCAGGGUCCUCAAGGUAUUCCUGGUGUGAAGGGACCAAAAGGGGACAAAGGAGAAAUUGGCAGGCCGGGAAGAAAGGGCAGACCAGGACCUCCAGGUGUCCCUGGAAUGCCAGGACUUAUUGGAUGGCCUGGUCCAGCAGGACCUCGGGGUGAAAAGGGAGAUUUAGGUUUGAUGGGCUUGCCAGGUACAAGAGGACCAAUGGGCUCCAAGGGACACCCCGGAAUUAGAGGAGAAAAGGGAGCUCAUGGAGAGAAGGGUGACAAAGGCAGCAAAGGUGAUAAGGGAUAUGUAGGCCUCCCUGGAAUGCUGGGACAGAAGGGAGAAAUGGGUCCAAAGGGAGAGCCUGGUUUAUCAGGACACAGAGGACCUACUGGAAGACCAGGGAAACGAGGCAAACAAGGACAAAAAGGAGAUAUGGGACCUCCUGGAAUUGCAGGUCGACCUGGGAGGCCUGGUCCUCCAGGUCAACCUGGACCACCAGGAACAUUGGUAUCAGGGCAACCAAUCAUGGGGCCAAAAGGGGAAAGAGGGCUUCCUGGUCCUCCAGGGAAAUGUCUCUGCAACUCCCAGCAAAGUGUGAAUAUCCCACCAUAUGAGGAACCACUGUUUGGACAACCUUAUUCAAAAGUCCCGGCAAUUUUUGUUGUAAAUAAUCAGGAAGAACUAGAUAGGCUAAAUACUGACAAUGCCUUAGCAUUUCGAAGAGAUCAGAGAUCUUUGUAUUUCAAGGAUACUUUUGGAUGGCUUCCAAUCCAGUUUACACACUUCUAUGCUGUGGACUACCCUAUUCAAGAUGGCGGUACCUGUGGAGAUGGGAUCGUCCAAGAUGGGGAAGAGUGUGAUGAUGGCAAUACCAUUGUGACUGAUGACUGUAUAAGAUGUCGUCAUGCUUACUGUGGAGAUGGCUACCGACAAGAAGGUGUAGAAGACUGUGAUGGGAAAGAUUUUGGAUAUUUAACAUGUAAAACAUAUCUUCCUGGGUCUUAUGGGAAAUUACGAUGUACUUCUUAUUGCUAUAUUGACUCUACAGAGUGCCGAUAUUUUACAUGAAGUGUGAGCAGAGAUAGGUAAGCAUUUCCCUGUUAGGACAUGCAUACAGCAGGUGCUAUGUUAUCAUCAACCAAGACCAGGCAAUAGACAAAACAAUCUCUUGGAUGAAACAACCAGGGACAUGCUUGAGAUGCAUUUUCGAUUGACUCGCACUGGAGGAAAAUAGGACCACUGAAUUCUGUCUUAGUAGAAACUUGUCAAACAACAUUCUCCAUUCAGACUUUUUUCAUACGGCGGCUUAUGGGAACUGCCAUAACAAGAGAAAAACCAAACUGCAUUUUACUUCAAAGUGGUUACUUCAUAACAACACAAUAAUACCUCAAUUUAGCACUGUUAGUCAUAAAGAUAAGCUCUUUGGAUUGUUAGUGUUUGUUAAAAAAAAAAAAAAAAAGGACUCUCCCAGUAUAAACACAAAGCAUAUUCUGAUCGCAGUGUUUAUAAGGACUACGGUAUUUUGGGUUUUUUCUAACAAUGUGAACUUUGUAUAUGCUUAGCUGCUUGAAUUAUAUGUUCAGGUUUGUUAGAAGCCACCUCCACCCCCAGUGAAUUGAUAUGGGGCAAUUUAGGUAUGUGUUUAAGUAGGGAAGACCAGAUAACAGAACUGAUCAGCUUUAUUUAGAGACUGAUACUAUAAAAGAAUAUGAGAGGUGUACAUAAAUUUAUGUAUUUAUAUAGACAAAUUCCAGAUGGCUAGCUCUGUAAUCUGUUGCAGCAAACACAGUGGCAUCUCAAAGGCUAAUAUAUUUAUUGAAGAUGUUGUAUGCUAGGACCCGCUCUGUCAGAUAGACAAACUAUUACUUUUUAUCUGCCUUCAUCACAUAUUGGACAAAGUGGCUUCUGGCAUAGGAAAACUUCUGUCACAAAGAAUUUGUUAGGCUUUAAGGUGCCUGAGAACUCUUGAAUUUCUGAAAUGAAAGCUAUUCAAAAAGGAGUCAUACUUGCAUAUUAUCAAGGCCAACAAACUGAAUCAGCAAACUGGUAAGAUCUGAGUUGGCAUUGGA